CUGCGCAUGAACCAGAGGAAGACACCUGCAGAAAACACAAGUGGAAAACUCCUGAGAAAUGAAGAAGAGUUAUUUUCUGGUGAUGGUUGAUCCUCAUGCUCCAAGCCGCACCAAACCAACCUCUGCUCUCUGGAGACACUGGCUGCUCGUGGACGUAAAGGGCAGUGCACUCAGGGAAGGACAGACACAGGGGGCGACCCUGACUGACUAUCAUCCUCCGACCCCGCCUCAGAAAUCUGGCUAUCACCGCUACCAGUUCCUGUUGUUUGAGCAGCUUCCAGACGCACCGGUGUCUCUCAGUGAGGGGGAGAAGUCGUCCCGCGGUAACGACCCCGCUCCUCAGCAUCUUCACAGCACUGCAGUAUCAUCUAUCAUAUACCAACACUGAUCAACACAACUGCCACAUUUACUGUAGUUGUUGAAUCAGCAAUAGAAAGAUUACACCAAGGCAUUCAAACUCAAAACAUUUAAGCUCUAAUUAACCACUUUACAAGUUUUUGUUGUUUUGGGUUUUCUGUUUCAGGACCCUAUAUCGGCUACUGCACAUAUAUUUGUUAUCACGAGCAAGUAGAUUAUUCUUUUUCCUGAGGAGGAAGUUGUGUCAUUUUACAAUAUUUAAUUGGUAUUGCCUCAUUUGUUUGAGUGGGCUAAACCCAUCCUUUAGGUUGAAAUGUUUCCAUGUAAGGCAUCAACAAAUGUGUCCUAGACGGAAGCUUCUAUUAUUAGUGAUUUGAUUUAUUAUAUAAUGUCCCAAGAUGCUCCACCAUCUAAUCACCUUUAAGCUUUUGGUCUGCGGACUUGUGUUUUCUCAGGACACGUCAUUAAGCAUAAUUCACAAACAAUUACGAGCAUUUAAUCGAAGCAUUCAGAGUUGCCUUAGAAAGAUAAUUUGUGCUUCAACUUAACAAGGGAUAUGUUAAUGAGGUUAGCGCGUAAGUCUGCUGCAGUUUCAAUGCCUGCGGGGUCAAGGCGAGUGUUGUUGGCUGGCUCCCACGCACACCUGCACGAGUCUGCCUGACCUUCGUCUAGUUCGCCUGAAAUCCUUAUCAACCAGAAGCAGUCUAAAUAAACUUUCAUUACUGUUGAUAGUUUUCACCAGAUAAUUCUCUAAGUUUGUCUCUCAAAAGACAGCAUUGUUUGUCUUGCAGAAAGCAGAGUUUUUGUUUUGUUUAUACUUCAGGGUUUUUCUGACUUUUCCUCCCCUGGUGGGACGUGGGCGACCGCUCUUGGAUGUACAGUACGUUACCUCACAGGAGGCGUGCCCGUCUGUCUGUUGUACUCCGGGUCACAGCCGGUGAUUUGAGGGGAGAUCAGGGCGGUGUGAGACUUCAAGCGCCACGUCCGUGAAUGAGCGAUGUUGCCAGUCUCCGCCGUUUGAAGUUUUGACAGCUAUGUCAGCAAACAAUCGGGGCAUAUUAGGCUGAUGUCUGUUUGAUGUUGAAAUCUCUGGAAAAAGAAUAGAUGUAUUUCGGAGUAUUUCUUUGGGUAUCAGAACUCACAUUUGGGAAGGUAUUGUCAGGGUAUACACAGUGUCAGAACUAGUUAAGCUGAGGCAUGAAUAAUAGUCAGCUAUUUAGAAUAUUUGAAUAUAUUUUUUGAACAAAACAAACCGGAGCAUUUUCAGCUACCGGCUCCAAUACACAUUGCCCCCACAUUAUGAAGUGAUUGAACUGAGUGGAUCCACCCAUCCUUAAUUCACUGCAUGAGUUUAACUCCCGCUGUUUCACUUCCUCUCUCCUGCACACUGUUGUUCUAUUCAACGGGAAAUGAAAUUAAGAAAUGCACUCUUGGAUAAUCAAAUGUCUCGAUUGAUGGGUCAAUUGUGAAGAGGAUAACAGCCCUUGUGAAGAGCGUAAUAGACUCCUUGUGACAUAUUAAGAAUGAAAACCUCCAUGUAGUAAGGGUUUAUAGAUGGUAAAAUAAUACAUUUUACAGUUAUUAUUGGUUUGGUUGAAUCCAAUGUACCUGCUGUAUUAUUUAUGGCCUUCACUUGAUCAUGAGCGCGAUAUUCCCGUACUGACAAGAGGAACGGAGGGAAUCCCAUGUCUCCCCACCUCCUCCGUUAAGUAUGUUCACUUAUUAGCGUCUGUCCUCCCUCCAUGUGGUAUGACACAGAGAGCAUUUUUCAUAGCCCAUGACAUUAAUUGAUGUGAUUUGCGAAGGGAGAGCAUUUAGUCGUGGGUGGGAGACUCCUAAUGAUCAGUUUCCACUUCCAGUAGUGCAGUCAUUGACUCAAUUUGAUCGCAAAUUCGUCGUCGUUUUUUGCUUUCAUCUCUGCCCAUCACUUAAGUUGUAAAGGAGGUGAACAAUGAGAGGUGGAGCAGGGCUGUUGUGGGAGUCUGGUGUUGCCUCCUGUGAUAAGGUUAUGAAUGUGGGUCAGUGAACUGAUGGAGACAGCUGGUUCGUUACAAGAGGAGCUACAGGGGGGCUGCUCUCUUGGCACCGGACACAGGGGCGUGAUCGUAGGGAAUCCCCUUCGCUCUGGCUCAGGAAGGCUGUCCCUGACUCGCUGCUGCCCCGGUGCCAGGGUGGGGGGCAGGCGUGGGCACACAGGCCCUUGUGAUACUUGUCAGCCACUUGGCAAGCCCCUCAGUUUGUCCUGCUACUGUUAAGUGCUGCCGAGUCAGUUUGUCAAGGGAAACAGUGUUAGCGUUUUCCCUGGUAGGGAAACUGAGGCCUUGGGAGAGGCCAUGUAGUGUUGUUUCAGCCUACAUUCACACAUCCAGCCCCCUCUCUCAUGACAUGUCUCCUCUAUUGUGGAUUGAUUAGAAACAAAAGAAGAACAGCAUCAGAAUUAUCGGCUAAAAAUACAAAAAAGGGAGCAGUUAUUGUCUUUUUCUACCUUUUAUUGUGCUGAAGUGAAUUACAGAGGAUGUCCGCGGUGAUGAUGAUGCUGUGUGAAUGAAUGGAUCACAGUGGGGUUAGCUGCUGGAUGCUGCACGUUGCUCAUCUUGCCUCCUAGAGCCCCUACUGCCAGCUCAGCACACUCCACAGUAAUUGAAGCCAUUUGCAAUGUUGCAGUGUGGUAAUGGGCAGAUCCAUGUCUACCACCCACCCACAGCCUCUACCAUUAAUCAGAGCUGCGUGGAGUCAAGAGAGCCAGGAUUUGGUUGCUACAGCAGGCCUGAGUUUCAGCCAGGAGUCGGCUGCCUUAAAGGAACACUUUGACGUUUUGAAUUUUGGCUGCUUUUAGGUUAUUUAUUCGUUUUUUUUAACAGAUGCUUGUCAGGUUUGAGGUAAAAGUUUUUCGAUGUUUCCCUCUAACUAAACUCAUCCAUAUUCAAAGUAUUGGUAAUUACUGCUGAAAUGAAAACUCAAAGUAGAGCCGAGACAAUCAGUCAAUCACUCGGCAAGAGGAUAACCGACUACAUCUUUACAUUAUAUUUAAUUUUUUUGUUUAUCUUCCAUUUGUUGCUUUUCUUGACAUACGUGAAGGGUAACACAACUUUCAGUUUUGAAAUGUCAGAUAGAUAAAAUAUGGAAAUCAAUGACGUAACCUUGGACUGUUGGAAAAAUUCAUCUGUAAUGAAAGUCACUUUUUUAUCGUUUGUUUAGC